AUGGAAGUUGAACCACAACACACAUCUUCAAAUCAAAAUACACUCCAAAAUGUCCCUGCAAAUUACGCGGAUAACCUAUUCCCACCAGCACAAGUAUCAACAGCAACUAAAACGAAAAAAGAAGACACAACGGUUGUAGAUACUCCAACACAAAACACGACAAGCGAACGUCUCGGUGUUGUUGUAAACUAUUCGGAGGGAAAUACAAUUGUUAAAGGUGGAGACGAUAUUGUCGACAUUAAUACUCCACUCUUCAACAAAGAAGGCCAACAAAUAGGUGUUGUUGCUGAUAUUUUUGGUCAAGUCGUUGCCCCUUUGUAUGCGGUCAAAGAACCCAUUCCCAUAGGUACAGAGGUCUACGUCCAAAAGGUGCAGACACACUUCAUUGAUGUCAACACAAUAUCACGAAAAGGUACUGACGGUGAUGACGAUGAUCCAGAGUUUUCUGACGAUGAAGAAGAAAAGAAUUUCCGUGCGAAACAAAAGAAACAAAACAAUUGUGCAAAAAAAGACAUGAAAUGCAUUAAGAUGGAUUUGGAACACACCAACUUGACUCCUCUUUAA